AAGGAGCAUCAGAAGAAAAACUCUCUGGUUCAGGUCGGAUCUGCUGCAUCGAGACAGAACCAGCAGGUAAACAGUCGGGAUGAAAAUGAAGAGAACUCUGUCAUCCUUGGAGAUCCUCCUCAUUGUCCUCAUCGUCCUCCUCCUCCUCUGCUGCGUCGGACUCAUCGUGGUCUCAUGGAUCGCCCUGAAGCCUGAAGGAGCCGUUGAGCCAGGGAAGCUGUCGGGUCAGAUGGUGAUCACUGAUGGAGCCGAGUUCUCUGAGGAGCUGAGGAACUCCAGCAGUCUACAAUUCCGAAGUCUGGCCUACGACGUCCAGGAGCUGGUCUCUGAUGCAUUCAGUCUCUCUCAGCUCCGAUCGAUCUUCAAGAAGUGUCAGGUUCAACACUUCAGUCCUGGCAGUGUGCUGGUGACCCUUGACCUCUGGUUUGAUCAGCUGAUCGAUGUAAAGGAGGCGGAGCAGCAGCUGAGGGCGGGGCUUCAGGAGGCCGAGGGCAGAGGUCUGGUUAUAGAUCUGAACAGAAUCUGGAUCACAGAUGAGACAACUACAGCACCUACAACACCUACAGCACCUACAACUACAACACCUACGACAACUACAGCACCUACGACACCUACAACACCUACAACAACUAUGACAACUACAGCAGGGGCGUGUCCUCCUCACCAGACGUCUUGUGCUGAUUGGUCCAUGUGUGUCCUGACCGAUCAGUUUUGUGACGGCGUCCCUGAUUGUCCGGAUGCAUCUGACGAAGAUGCUUCUCACUGUGCAACAGUAUGUGAUGGACAGUUUUUCCUGAAAGGAUCGAGCGGCUGGUUUGGUUCCUCAAAGUCUGAGACCAAUAAUGGCGCCGCCUCCUGUCGCUGGAUCAUCAGUGUGUAUCCAGGACUCUCGAUGCAGAUCAACUUUCAUCAUUUUGAGAUUCAGGACAUCGACUCUCUGAGGUUUUAUGAAGGAAUUGGACCAGACAAACGCCUCUCAGCUGAGUUCUCAGGCUUCUCCUUCCCUGGGACUGUAUGGCUGCUGACUGACCAAUCAACUAUUGAGUUUACCUCUGAUGACGUCACCAUCUUGUCCGGGUUCAACGCCACCUUCAGGGCCGCCAACACCUCCAACAUGUCCAACCAGGAGAAGCUGACCUGCACCUUUGAGCAGGGCAUGUGUUUCUGGAGGCAGGACCCGGACGAUGACGACGACUGGAUUCGAAACAGUGGCCCCACGUUUCCUCCUUUAACUGGUCCAAGCGUCGACCAGACUCUGGGUAACAGCUCAGGUUUCUACAUUGUGACUCCUCUGAGUCCUGGCCACUGGCUGAAGAGCUUCAGGAUCCAUAGUCUGCCAUUGACUCCGCCCCCUCAGCCCGCCAUGUGUCUGAGCUUCUGGUACCACAUGUUUGGAGAAGAUGUCCACAUGCUCAGAGUCCUGCUCUCUCCAUCUCAACCAGAACCUGCUGUUACCGUGGUGUUCCAGAGAGACGGUAACUAUGGUGACAACUGGAACUACGGUCAGGUGACCCUCAACCUGACUUCAGAGGCCACGGUGACCUUUGAGGCGAUGAAAGAGGGAGGCAUGAGAAACGACAUUGCUCUGGAUGACAUCACGCUGACCUCUGACCCCUGUGGACCUGCCCCCCCUGAACCGACCCAUGUUCUGCCUCCUACGACCACACCCCCUAUACCACCUGACUGUGGAGGACCCUUUGACCUCUGGGAGCCAAACUCCACCUUCAGUUCACCAAAUUACCCACAAUCCUACGGGAACAAAGCAGAAUGUCUGUGGACUCUACAUGCAUUUGAGGGUCAAAAUAUCCAGCUCCACUUCCUGGACUUUGAUGUAGAAGCAGCCUACGAUGUGGUGGAAGUGCGGGAUGGGGCGGGGCUUAACUCCACCUUACUGGCCGUCCUCACAGGCAGCGAUGGCCCUGGCCACGACUUGUUCUCAACAACGAAUCAAAUGACGGUAUGGUUCUACACGGACAGUUCAGGUUACGGCCGAGGAUUCAAAGCCAACUUCUCCACAGGGGUCGAUCUGGGAUCACCAGCUCCGUGCGCCAUCGGCCAGUUCCAGUGUCAGACAGGAAGUUGUGUUCCAGGUGAACGUCUCUGUGACGGUGUGGUCGAUUGUCCUGACGCCUCCGACGAAGCUAGCUGUGUUGUGUUGCAGGUGAACGGUUCCCGUCGUCUCCACGUUCAGAUCGGCUCAUCUCUGCUUGCUGUGUGUUCGGACUCCUGGUCGUCUCACCUGUCCAACUUCACCUGUCAGUACCUGGGAUACAGGUCUGGAGAGGCCACGAUGCUCAAUGUUCUGCCACAAGAUUCCCUGUUUGCAACCAUCACCAUCACUGGUAACGGAACAAUGGAAACUACCACCAGUGAAACUUGCACCAGUGGGAAAGUGAUCUCCCUCAGCUGUAACAACCAGCCUUGUGGACUUCGUCUCGUCUCUAAUGUCUCGCGGGACUCUGGUUGGAUAGAUGAGGCGACACCUGGUGAAGGUGAUCCCAGAGUGGUGGGCGGAGUUAAUGCAGGGAAGGGGGCGUGGCCGUGGAUUGUGUCUUUGCAGUGGAAUGGACGCCAUGUCUGCGGAGCCUCGUUGAUUGGAAGCGACUGGUUAUUGACGGCGGCUCACUGUGUCUACGGGAAGAAUGUCCAGCUUCACUUGUGGACGGCCGUCCUUGGCCUCCUGUCUCAGACUGAACUGGACUCUGGUGACGUCCAGACCCGACGAGUCGAUCGCGUCGUCUUCCACCAUCGCUACGACCGCAGAACCAAGGAGGCUGACGUCGCCAUGAUGCACCUGCAGCAGCCAAUCAGUUUCAGCCGCUGGGUCUAUCCACUGUGUCUCCCUCCUGAGGGACAAGAUGUCUCUGUAGGGACAAAGUGUCUUAUCGCCGGGUGGGGGAGAGACACUGAAGGGAACCUCCCCAGUAUCCUCCAGGAAGCCCAGGUCCCUGUGGUGGGGGCGGUCCAGUGUCAGUCCUGGUUACCUGAGUACUCCCUGACCUCCAGCAUGCUGUGUGCUGGUUACCCAGAGGGGGGUGUGGACACCUGCCAGGGGGACUCUGGUGGCCCGCUAAUACGCCUGGAAGGUGGAGGCUGGACUCUGAUUGGUGUGGCCUCGUUCGGGAUUGGCUGUGGACUUCCUGAGAGACCUGGAGUCUACGCACGAGUCUCCGCCUUCUCAUCCUGGGUCGCCCAGACGAGACGCUCUUUCCCCUCUGGUCCCGCCCCUAGUUCCUCCCUCCACACCUAGUCCUUCCCUUUAGUCCCUCCCUCCAUUCCCUAGUCCCUCCCCCGACUGUUGAAUAAAAUGAAGGUGUGUGUCUGAAAAAAUGCUAAAGCUAAAGUGUUUCUGUUGUUAUUAUGUUUUUGGUAAAACAUAUUAAUGAAUAUUGCACACGAGCUAAACGAUCAUUCAUUGUAUUCACAUUUGUUUGGGCAUUAAAGGACUAGACGAGCCGCCUGUAACCUUCAUUCAAAUUCAAGUUAUUUCCUGUAGUACUGGACCAUAUUACACAACAACAGUCUAAAUGUGACAACACCAGUAACCGCACCACUUGCUUUAAUAAAUAACCAAUUCUUUUCACUGUAA